ACCGCGGUAAAAAAUAUGGUCAACUACAAUAACAAACACAAACUCUGACCACAUGUUAAAGUUCCUGAUACGUUUGAAAUGACGGACGAUACCGACGAAAGGGAGACUAUAUGUGAUUCUGCGGCUUCCUUGGUCGAAGGAUGCCGCCUCCCUGUUCGAAUGGCCGGUGGCAACGAUUGGCCACUGGCGGAAAUAGUCAGCAUCAAGGAGAUACGAGAGUCGAGGUUCUUCUACGUACACUACAUAGAUUUCAACAAGCGGCUGGACGAGUGGGUGACGGAGGAGCGGCUGGACACGCGCAAGGUGCAGUUCCCCCGCCGCGACGGCCCGGCGCAGGGCACGGGCGUGAGCACGCCCAAGAAGCUGGGGCUGGGCGCGGGCAUGGGCGGGGGCAGCGUGCCGUCGCGCCCCAGCUCGCCCGUGGCCGCCGAGCUGGUGAACGGCAGCGCCGUGCUGGCCGCCGCGCUCCACAAGAAGAUGUCUCGCAAGAGGAAGGGCGUCUCCCUCGAGAGCGAGGCGGGCGAGGCGAGGGGCGGGGCAGAGGCCGCGGGCGCCGAGGCCCGGCCGGAGUCCCAGGAGGCCCUGCCCCGCAGCACGGGCAGCAUGGUCGCCCACCACGACGACGUCGUCACGCGCAUGAAGAACGUCGAGAUGAUAAUGCUGGGUCGGCACCGCAUCCGCCCGUGGUACUUCUCCCCCUACCCGCAGGAGAUGGUCCAUUUGCCCUGCAUCUACAUCUGCGAGUUCUGUCUGAAGUACCGCAAGAGUUUGAAGUGUCUGGAGAUGCACUUGGCCAAGUGCAACCUCAGGCAUCCCCCGGGCAACGAGAUCUACCGCAAAGGCAGCAUAUCGUUCUUCGAGAUCGACGGCCGCAAGAACAAAGUGUACGCUCAGAACCUGUGCUUGUUGGCGAAGCUGUUUCUCGACCACAAGACGCUGUACUACGAUACGGACCCGUUCCUGUUCUACGUGAUGACGGACUUUGACGCGCGGGGUUUCCACAUAGUGGGGUACUUCUCCAAGGAGAAGGAGUCGACGGAAGACUACAACGUAGCGUGUAUACUCACGAUGCCGCCGUAUCAGCGCAAAGGAUAUGGAAAAUUGUUAAUAGAAUUUAGCUACGAGCUCUCCAAGUUCGAGGGCAAGACGGGGUCCCCGGAGAAGCCCCUGUCGGACCUGGGGCUGCUCUCGUACCGCAGCUACUGGGCGCACACCAUCCUCGACUUCCUGAUCUGCGCCAAGCCCACGGGGGACUUCGAGAGCCCGCAGAUCACCAUCAACGAGAUCUGCGAGCAGACGAGCAUCAAGAAGGAGGACGUGAUCUCGACGCUGCAGAACCUGAACCUCAUCAACUACUACAAGGGCCAGUACAUCAUCACGCUGAACCACGAGCUCAUCACCAGCCACUCGCGCGCCAUGGAGAAGCGCGCCACCCGCAUCGACCCCAAGUGCUUGCACUGGACGCCCAAGGACUGGUCCAAGCGCGCCAAGUGGUAGCGCGUCGCGACGCCGCGCGGACGUUACGCUUUCCGGCUUGUGGUUCAAAGUGAAAUCGAUAUUGUUGCAACAACUGAUAUGAAAUUUUUAAAUCAAAACUGUUAAUAAGUGUCAUUUGGAUUCUUGAGGUGUUAUUUGAGCCUAAAAGGAAAAAAAGAAAAAAAGAUGUUUAAAACUGUAUGAGCCAGUCUGAUUGAUUGGCCAUUCAACUGUAAUGUGGUGCUGUUAUUGAAUAGGGACACCGAACAUUGUCGGAGUUGCAGUGUGAAACAUCGAUCAUGUUUCACACGGGUUUAAAAAACUUUUCUUGUUGUUUUAAAUACUGCUUCGAGUCCAAGUAACUCGUACUGUAAAAGCAUUUUGAAAAUUAAUACCCUGCUACGUAAAUCCACUUGAAUGGCUUAAAAAAUAAUUAAGUUGGUAAUGAAUGACAUACAUUUUUUUUGUAUAUACAAUAUACUCGUGAGAUAGUUUAAAUGCCAUUCAUUUUUAGUUGCAUCAGUAUUUUGACUAGUGUAUUAGCUUUUUCUAUUCUUUUCUGUGUCAUUUGCAAGUUAAAUUUUUGAUGUGUUGGCAUCUUAUCUCCCGGUAUAUGGCGUUUGGUAGGAGUAUUUUUCUGAAAAUCUAUGGCGGACACAUGUGUAGCAAUGGGUCGUUACCACAACGCCGAAUACCAUAACGCCAAAUACCAAAUUGACCGCAACGCCGACAGCUAGAAAACUGCUGUGUACCACAACGCUGAAAUACAGUAGCGCCGAAAAAUGUUGUUGCGGGGAGGGGCACAGGAGCAAAAUGAAAAACUGAAUGAAUUUGUGUGCUAACCUUACCUAACCUAACCUUUGUGGCAGUCUUGCAAUGACAUUUUUCGGCAUUAAUGUAUUUCGGCGUUUUGGUAAUUCGGCGUUGUGGUAAUUCGGCGUUGUGGUACACAGCAGUUUUCUAGCUGUCGGUGUAGUCAAUUUGGCAUUCGGCGUUAUGGUUUUCGGCGUUGUGGUUCGUCGUCUGUAGCAAAAUAACAUGUCUGUAGUCACUUACAUAAAAAUUAGAAUGCAUACCAAACGUAUUGUGUUCCAAAUACAACUUUAUAAUAGUACAACUAUCCUUUAAUACAUUAUGUUAUAAUUUAUAAUUUUAUAGUCAUAAAAAGAAAUAAUGACUGACAACUUAUAAAGUACGUUAAAAUGUAGGCAUUCCAAUUAUGACAAUCUGUAGUUAACAUUGAAAUGUAGAGCUAGCACAGCAUUUGUCAGUCAGUAGAGAGACACAAAACUGAUAGCUUACAUGUAUUUGAUGCCGUGUUAAGGUUAAGAUUUGUUUGUACUAAAUAUUUACAGACUGUUUUCCGUUGUUAAAGCAAAAACAAAUAUCCAUACAUAUAAUUACUGUUAUAUGUGUUUUGAAGUGUUUCAGGUUAAUUUUGUUUUAAUGUAAUUAAUGUGGGGAUGGGCCGGUCGAAUCCAGGAUUCGUCGAAUCUGCGAAGAUUCGGCGAAUCUGCGAGGAUUCAAGUAACCUAUUGGCGAAAACCACGCACAUUAGUAAACAUUCAGCCAAGAACAAGAGAAAUAUGUCCGUAGAUUUAACCAUAUUUACCUGAAUAUAAUGCGAUGAUUUUUAUCAAAAUAUCUAAAACUGAAAGUGGGGAUCGCAGUAUAACCGCAAACCUACAUCUUUGCCGCUCGAAGAAUGUUUUGAAAUGACGCGGCGCGGCGAGACAACUGUGUUGAGGUCAGGGCCGGCGCCAGCAAUGCGGGAAAAACGUGAAUAUGUGUUUUAAGGGAUGAUAGUUGCACAUUUUAUAAUCAAACCGUGCAUCAAAAACACAUUUCGUUCAAAUUAAAACAGAAAAACGUACCUCGGACGAAAGACGGAAUUAACGCAUAAUUAUCUUCGUAGUAGAGCUGUAGCAAACCGUAUGUAUUCGGUACUGAGUGACGGGUGCGCCAUCUAGUAACGAGUAACGAAACGUUACACACGGCUACAUUUCGUUACUCGCAUUUUUCGUAUGUUUUUCGCAUUUUUCGUAUGUUUUACGCAUUCACGUGCAUAUUCAAUGAAUUUACGUUACAAAGAACUAUGUUUGUUUAUUAAGUAAAGUAUAAUUUGGAAAUUCGUCGUCCAAGUUUUUUACUAUUUAUAAGAAAGUAUUUUUUACAAAUUAGAAAUAUGUAUGUUUUUGUUUUUUAUUAUCGCAUAUUUUCACGUUUGUUUUGUUUUUAUCUUAAAAGAGAUAAUAUAAUAAAACCGCUCUAAUGAGAUUUAAUUGUUUCUUGGUUAACAAAAACUGUUAAUUAUCAAAUAUUGUUAAUUGUUUAUAUUCUAUUUAUUAUUACAUAUUUACGCAACGUCAUACUGUACGCGUACGCAAUACGACUCAAUUCGCUACUGCAACAUAACAUAGCAUGUUAUGCGGUAUCAGAAGUAACAAGUAACGUAACUAUACGAUAGUAACGAGUACUAACUGUUAUAGUAACGAAUACAUACGGGUACGCUAUUUUCGUUACUUUUACACCUCUACUUCGUAGUACAUACUAACGAAAAAAUAGGUAGUUUACUCAAUACUUGAUAGAGCGCGCGCGGGGCAUUCAAUCAUCGGCGAUUUAUUGAUAGCCCUCUACGUGCGCGCACUCUAUACGGGAAUCAACGUAACCAAACGUGAAUGAUGCUAAGAUGCAACGACAUAUUUCAACACGCUUGAAAAUAUCUUUAAAAAAAUUUCCACAUUAAAUCAGUAAGUGGUAGUAUUCAAACUAAUAAUAAAUUUCAACUUGUAAAAUACAUAAAACGUUUGAUAUAGGAAAAUAACUUUAUUGACAUCCUGGAGAAAAAUAGCGUAUACAGUAGAACCCUGUUAUAAUGUUUUUCAAGGGAGCACAAGAAAAAAACAUUAUAAGCAGGAAAACGUUAUAAGCAGGAAAUCUCAAUUUAGCACUUAACAAUUUUCGAGCUUUGUACCAAUGGACUCACCAAGCUAUGUAAACAACUUUAAUGUUAAAACCAAAGAUAGUAUACUUGAUAUAUGAAUAUUCUGAAACAAGCCAACAAUUUUUCAACUUCGUCUUGUUCCCUGGUUCAAUUUUGUUUGUCUUUAAAGAUACACUGCCACAUUUUUUUGUAAAAUUGUCUCACGAUUCAUGAUGACAACAUUAAGAGUGAGAACGUCUACUCCUUCGCCACCUGAAAAUGUUUAAUUUUGUGAUUCCUACGUAUGAAUGAAAAAAAAAAUUAUUUGUAAGCAAUAGAAAACACUUUUAGUUAUGCCUACGCUCAAUGGUUGGCAACUUAAAUAUUGUAGGACUAUGUACGUGCAUCUGAAUACCCACUGGAAUGGCAAGGAAGAGAAGAGUUGACUAAGGGUGCCAACUGUCACGUAACUAUGAAAAUUGUGUACCUUCAGUAUAUUGCAUAAAAUUAUAUUUUAACAAAAUUCAUGUAUGUAUGGCAGUGAUUGUAAACAUAAACAUACAUAAAGGAAACUUUUUAUUGUAAGUGUUGGAAUAAUUUGGUUUUAAAACAUUUUUCCCCCAUUUAUUGAAUGUUAGAAAGCAAACAUUAUAAGCAGGAAAUUACACUAUUUAUGAACGUUAUAUGCAGGAAAUAUAUACAUUGUCCUUAUGGGGGAAAUAUUGGGACUUUAAAAAUAUGACAUUAUAAGCAGGAAAACAUUAUAUGCAGGAACAUUAUAACAGGGUUCUACUGUAUCUUAAUGAGAAAAAUGGCAGGACCAUAACUUUUACCAGUGUUUGCGAUAUGAUCUGUGUUGGUGACUGUUAAUUGUCGCGUUUUGGGGUUAUGUUACGAGGGGAAAAAACGUAAAUAGCGGAAUUGAUCGUUACAUAUUUUACCUGUAGUAGGCCUACUAAGUGUACAUCAGGCAUGUUCCAUUAUUAUGGUUUUUAAAUUAGGCUUCUGUGCUCAUUGAAUGUAACUAUCUUAAGUACCUGAAGUUCAUAUUACUUAAAUUAACUCAUGAGUAGUGUUAAAGUAGGUUUUUUUUUUUAAUUUUUUAGGUCAUAUUAACUAGCAUCGCAUGCCCAUAUUUCAUCAAGUUCUUUGUAUUUGUUUUAUGCCUUUUUUAAUGGAAUAAUCUCAGUGUUUUAGGUUCAUUUGUACUAGAAAACAACAAUUUGAAUUAAAAAUUUUUUUAAUAAUUUUUUUUUUCAUGGAUUCGGAUUCGAUAUUCGACAAAUCCUUAAAGGAUUUGACUAAGUAUUCGGAUUCGGCCAAAAAUAGGAUUCGACCCAUCCCAAAAUUAAUGGCCUGCAACUUUUACAUGAAAAAUUAUUAAAAGACAGCAAUAAAACCAAUAGAAAAAAGUUAAAUAUCUUUGAUGCCGAGUUAGUCCCAAUAAAAUUUUCAUGGAUAUUAAAUUAUUGACAUUUUUAAGGUUGCUAUUAUAUCUUGUUAUGACUAUUCAAGUAUACAAAAUGUAUUUCAGGAUAAUUUCACUUACAUAAAGUUUAAUUUGGCAUGCCAGUAUACUUAGUGCAUCCCCGAUGUUCACGAAACAUGAACGGGUACGUGUUGCAGCACUUGAGUCCUUCAUCUUGAAGACUUUGGCUUGUGGCUACAGCAGUUUCUGCACGCAUGCACAUUGGACAUUCAACCUGUUACAUUUCAGUUGUGUAAUGCGUACUUUAUUGCAUUUAUGGUGCUGUCUAAAAAUUCACCUUAAAGCACCCAAACAAGUAUAACCUCAGAAACGGCCAUUUACUCUCUCUUUCCAACGCAUGAAUUCUGCCAGUACCACUGUCCUUGUUUUGGUAUGCUUUGUUGCUAGGUAUACACCUCUAAAGAUAAUUAAUGAAAACAUUUUUUUAAUGUAUCUGGAUCACUGUAUUUUGUAAAGUUAAAUUUAGAAUGAGAACUUUUGAAAUACUUUUUCCUGUUGUAUUUCAUCAACAGCAUUAUCUGAUAAUAUUCAAUCUUUAUUUCUAAGAAGUUGAAAUUGAAAGACACCAUCUAACUUAGGUAUUGUUCAAAAAAAAAUUUUUAUCUGUUAAUAUUACAAAUAUUUGCUUUUUUUUGAGCCUAGUAAAUUUUAUGGAAAGCCUUGCCAAUAAUAGUGAAGACUUCUACAAAUAGUUUCUUCUGUAAAAAAAAUUGAGUUUAUGUUUUUGUAUCAGAAUGAGUAAAACUACAAUAAUACUGUCAACAGACACUAUUUUAUGAUCUUCAGAAAAAUUAACAAUUAGUACAAUUUAAAGAAUAAUAAAAAAUUCACUUUAUCAUACACCCACCCUUAUUAUUGCUAAUUAAAAUUCAUCAAGAAACUUUAUCAAUGUUUAUUUAGGGAUAAUCAAUGGUGUAUUUGUGACUAUCAAACCUGGAUUUUUUUUGUGUAUUUGUUUUGUCAGAUAAUUUCUUUUUAGCUUUGAAUUUUGAUAAGCUUCCAACACCCAUACCUAGAGGUAAAUUGAUAAUGCUGUAAGAUUACAUAGAACUGUGCAGAAAUGUUGUGAACUGCUGGAAUGUGUGAAGUCAAAAAAUCCAUUACUUGUGCAGUCCAUACAGGAUCUCCGAUAAAAUGGAGACAAAUAAACCACGUAUCGUCUGCAAAUUUUGUGUUUGGAAAAAAUUAAGAACUUAUUUUAUGUGUUUUUUUUCAUCUCGUGUAAAGAUAUUUCUUGUAUUGAUAAAGUACCGUACUUACCCGCACCAUUCACAAUAUUCUCCUUCAUUACCGCUGCUGGUGAGGAUGUCUCUUCGUAUCGAACUGUAUGGAAAUAUGUUUUGAAAUCCUGAAAAUGCUAGGGCUCUAAAAUAUCUCACAUUGCACAUUCAUAAAUUAAACAGAAAAAUGAAAUUUUUUUUUUUUUUUUUUGUUAAAUGCUUAAUGUAAAAAAUCUAUAGUAUGAUGUAAAAAAAUAGAUUUUUUUAAACCUUUUUCUUUAUUCCGCCUUAUUGUGUUUGAACGUUCAGAAAAUUGCAAUGGUUUCCACCUGCCGAAACUCUUGCAUGAAUGCUUGUCUGUUUCUUUUGUUAUCUCCUUGCAUUAUGCAUUGGUUGUUACAUGACAACUGACAAAAUUAGUCAGAAUGUUGUAGACAUAAUGAAGACGAUACAGAGAUAUUGUAUCUCCCGUGUAAUACCUUAGAUAAGAGAUAAAAUGCAUCCUUGGCAUACAUGUAUGUUGCUAAUGAUGGUCACAACGUUCUGAUAAAAUUGUUUGUGAGAGUGGUGAAACAUUGUGAAUGUAUGUUUUCACAAACACAUGAAACUGUUUAUGGCUUUGUACACACAUUGUCCCAUUAACUUUUUGGAAACAAAUUUUUUUACAAAACAAUUUUUUGUAACAGUACCUGAAAUGAUUUGUGUUGUGUGUGAAAUUCUCUUAUUUUUCUGUUUGUGUGAUUGUGUACUGUAAAAUAUGCAUACUGUAGUUCAAACAAUUGAUAGUCAUGUUGAACUGUUCCAACCUUUUUGUAUGAUACCAGAAUCUGCAGUGUGAAAUACAUUUGAACAGAUGCUUUCUGUUCUCUAUAA